CUCUCCCCUCUCCCAGAACUAUCCUAUCCUCGCUGACUGGUGAGAGUGACAAGUGGAUGGGGUGGUGUCCUUUUUAUUUUUGGUGCUAUGGCGCCCCCAGGCUGUUAGCAAAGAGUUGAAGCAGCAGCUAGUGACAGGCACGGCUCUCCAGAACGAGACUGGAUUUGUUCUGGAAGCACUCACCCAGCCUGAUGGAGACAUGAAACCCUGGCCGAGUGGACGACGUGAGCUGUAGUAAAGAUGAAGAACUUAUUAUGUAAAAAGAAACAACAUAAGAGACUAUUUCAGAUUUUUGGGGAUUUCUGUAAAGAUAUACGUUGUCUUUAAGAAUCAUUGUAUGUAAAUAGAGUAACCUUUUGCAGUGUUUUUCUUAACUUGAUUAUUUCUUAUUUUAAUGUCGCUUUUAAAUUGAUCCACUUUAAACGGGAAGAGGAGGGGUGUAAUCUUUGGUAUCACAGUUGGUCUCUCCCAGUCCGCCCCACAUGACCUGACACCCACGCUAAUAUUUUUACCAUAGCAACGCUGAGAGAGACCUUUUGGUUUGUAUUUGCCCACGAAUGGAGUGCUACCCCCCACCCCUGCGCGCCAUCCACCAAGCUCCACCAGAGCCUGAACAUCGUGGACACGGAUGAACAAUUAAAACAGCAAUUAUUUUUUUUAUCUUCACCACAUAGUGGAGAUGAUGCGUGGAUUGUAACUAUCAGAUGGUAGCGGAAACUUCUCACCCCGUUCUAGACAGAGACAUUUCUUCAAAACAAGUUGAGAACACUGGUGUCAUAGCAGAAAGGUGAAAAGUCUGAUAUAAGCUUAAUUUAGCCGGAUAAGAUAUGACUACUCCUGGACUGCGUCUGAGUAAUUAAAGUGAGCCAAUGCUUUUUUUUCAAUAGAGCUGACCGUGGUGUUUAGCUGUCUCUCUCUGCAGUUUCCAACCUGUCCAGAAUUAUCUGCUCAAAUGUUGUCAUGGUAAAAAAAAUAGUAAGUCAGGUUUUGCCAUGCCUUGUGACUUGAGAAAGAAGGCAGCUUUAACUAAUUUUCUCAGAGAUAUAUGUUGGUGUUUGAUGUUUGUAUUUGUUUCUGUAGUCCCUCUUUUUUUUUUUUUAUACUGUCCUGAAAAAAAUCUGAACUCUGUAAAUUGUCUUUCCAUUACACAAAGACAAAACUAACCAAACAUAAAGAAUGGUCUGCACCAUUGUUGCACUUUUUUGCUUUGUAGCUUUUGACAAGAAAAAAAAGCAUACUACCUGCUGUGUAACUUAUUCAACCUCCAGCAUAAGAGUAUACUAAGAUGUGCUUUAACCUUUUCCCACCACUCACAGAAAUCUGGAUGUUGAAACUUCCUGUGUUUUCCUGUAGCUGGUACAUGAUUUUGUAGUGUUGACGCAUCACAGUUACAGUUUUAAGUGUUUGGUACCGUUAAAUGUUUGCCGUCAUGGUGGCUCAAAACCGUGACCACUUAAUCUCUGCUUUCGUUGUGUCAGUCGAGGCAUAAAGCUUUGAAUUAUUAUAGGUCAAUUUCAUAAAUGGCAGUAACUUUCCGUUGCAGAUGGUGAAAAAUUACCAUGUUUUGUCUUUCAGCUUUGCUCAGUUAACAAAUCCAUUAUGCUCUAAACUUUCCUUUCUUUCCUUUUAUUUUGAUCUUGAAUCAUUUGUCAUAGCACAUGUUCAGAAUUUUUUUUUCAACAUCUUCGUCAUCCAUCCUGUUAAGGAGGGGAUGUUAUGUGUUUACAAAGGCAAUGACAAAAAAGUUUACAAACUUGAAUCUUAAAGAAAUCCGACAUGAAGCCGCAUCUUUUCAGCUCUAACAAACUCGCAGUGGUGACUUUUUUUUUGUUUGUCUUUUUGAAAUUGAGACUUGAAAAUCCGUGUAUCCUAUGAUGUUGAAAUGCAAUGUUUGUAUCGCACAAUGUCUCUUAGUAGGCUAUUACAAGAGUUCAGACCAAUCAAAUAAAGUGGAUCAGUUCUCCACCACUGAAAAAUGUGAGGUGUGCCAUCUAUUAAAUUAACCAAUACCAUUUUAGUUUUUUAGAUUAUGGCCUGAUCAAUCACAACAGUCAUUGACUGACAUGUACCACAACUCUUCAGGAUCCUUUUGAUGUGAAAUGUAAAACGAAAACAUUUUUACCACAGUCUUUAGCAAUUUCAAGUUGCGGUUCAUAACAAAUAAAUGUUAUAGAAAACAAUUAAUCGCAUUCGAGCACCUUCAAAUGCAGAAAAAUACCUUUAUUGCUGCAGUAAAGUGGAUGAGAUAAUGCACAACUAUAGGCCGAUCUCACAGAAGAUAUGUAGGUGCUUUCCAUUUAGGUGAGCCAGUUCCUGGAAUCUGGUAUAGAGCAGUCUCACAGCAGACAUUAUGAUUCAUAAUGGCAGUAAAAGCAAUAGUAGUAAUGAACUUGAUUGUGGUUCUAUUCCAUUCAAGUAUUGCAGUGUGUUAGUGACAUGCACCAGGACCCUGGAAACAGAUGUGGAAUGGAGAAGUAAGAUAUGAUCUUUAAUUUGUCAUUGUACAAGUACAACGAAAUUACAAUAUGAACUCAAGGUGCCAAUGCGCAACAAGACAAUAUAAAAACAACAAGACAGUAUACAAACAAGAAAUGGGACUUAAAUAGACAUGAUAGGGAAUAUGUACAUGUAAACAAAUCUGUGUUCUCAAUAACACUUACAUUUUUGCUAUUAUUUAAAGAUAUAUAUUGCUAUAUUUAAAAAUCUUUGCUAUAUUUUAAAAUAUAUAGCCUGAUAUUAACAUGGCAAUAGUCUGGCGGUGCAUUGGAAAUAUUGUCCUGAAUUUGCAUGAAAGUAUGUCCGGGAUUUGCUCUUCCUUCACAUACACAUGCCCCUAAAGAGACUAUUUUAAGGAUUAAAGCAGGCUAUUUUCCCAAUACUUGUAUUGGCUACUCUUAAAAUCAAAAUUAAAUGUGCCUAUGUAGUAGCAGGAACUUUAAAAUGAACUCUACUUCGUCCUUUUUGAAACGUUGAAAGGCCUAAAAGCUCAAGGGUCUCCGAAGAAAUACAACGCUUGAGGUAUGUUGGCUUUUAUUUUGGAGGGAAAUCAGACAUUCGAACCGGAUGUCGUUAUAUUUUGGUCGCAGUUUAUUGGCUACCGGAGUUGGUGACUUCCUGAAACGAAACGGUCUGAAAAGUGCACAUCCAUAAUGAAGAUGCGUUCGUUCUUACCUGCAGUUGCUGAACAGCUUUUCCGAGAUAUUCAAAAAGCAUACCAGGAAACUUCCCAAAUACCUGAUGACCUGCUUAUUGCGCUGAAGUUUGUUUUCGGGCCGUGUGCGCUGCAGGCUCUGGACCUUGUUGACCAGCACUCAGUCACCUGUCUGUCAUCUCCCAGUGGACGCAAAGCUUUCCAGGUGAUAGGAGGAUCGGGGCGUUUGUACACAUGCUUUGUGUCCUGUCACUACUGCCCGUGCCCGGCCUUUGCUUACACCGUGCUGCGCAGAAAUGAGGGCCCGCUGUGUAAACACAUUCUGGCUGUGUACCUGUGUCAGGCCAUGGCUGUGACUCAGCAGGAGAGCGUGUCUGAUCCGCAGAUGUCCGCACUGUUGAGUGGGACAGCCCCUCUGUGACCCCCAGGGAAAUAUCCAGCAGCACUGUGCCGCCUCGGGGGAGCACGGUGGCCUGAACCAUCAGGAUGAAUGGAAGUGACAGAGCCAGGUAUCGAUCCGCAGCUCCGCCCCCCCCCCGUGCCACAUCAAACACAAGUCAGAUCCCUGCAUCUUUUAAGAGCCGCAGGAGGACAAUAAGAGAGGAACUGAUGGAUGGAAUGCAGCGGUGGACAGUAACUAAUUACAUUCAUUCAAGUAAUGUACUUAAGUAGAAAUUAGAGGUGCUUGUGCAUUACUUAUGUAUUUCCAUUAUAUGCAACUUUGUAUUUUUUACACCACUACAUCUCAAAGGGAAAUAUUUGUACAACACUACAUUUAUCUGACAGCUUUAGUUACCUUGUAGUUCCAGAUUAAUAAUGCACAAUAUCAACCAAAACAUGUCUACAAGUUGCAACAAUAAAAUGAUGAACCCAUUAUGGCAUUAAUAAAUAUGAUACAGUAAUAUAAUAUUCUGAAAUAUGCCCAUGAUGGCUGUUAAGCUUUAAUAAUUAAAUUACAAUCUAGGCGAUGGGGAUACAUUCCA